GUGCAUCAGAGUUUCCGUCGAAAAGCAACCUGGUCAGGUCCGCACCUCGUAAUGGGAGGUUUGAGGAAGAAGUGCUACAAAAUGUCAACAAUCUGUCUCGGUUGGUCCCUCCUCAAGAGAGACACAUUUCUCGGGCUUCCAAUACCCCUUUCAUGCCUCCUGAUGUCAUGCUUGAAGGAGAACCAGCGACUCAAGCUGAGACAAGUACCACAUAUGCUGCUCACCUCCAGAUGCCCCGGCAAGAACAAGACAUUAGUCGUACACCGAGCCAGGAUGGAGUAUCUGGUGGUCCCACUGCUACCGCGCAGGAACCUCUAGAGGCUGAUGACGCGGGAAGCUUCGAGAAUGAUAGUGCGCUUGGGGACACCGAUGACUCGAGCGAAAGAACCUCGCUGUUCAGCGAAAUCAUGAAAUAUCGAGAGGAAAAUGGACGUCGUUAUCACGGGUACAAAGAUGGAUCGUAUCUGUUGCCAAAUGAUGAGACGGAGCAAAAUCGUCUUGAUCUAAACCACCAUGUUUUCACCAUGGUGAACAAAGGGAGAGGAGGAGGGCUGUACCGAGCUCCAAUUGACAAGCCAGCACGCGUGUUGGACGUGGGCACAGGGACUGGAAUCUGGGUUAUGGAUUUCGGCGACGCACACAAAGAAUCCCACAUCAUCGGCAUCGACCUCUCUCCCAUCCAACCAACAUGGGUAACACCCAACGUCGAGUUCCUCGUCGACGACGCAGAAGACGAGUGGAUCGGGCAAAAGUACGAUUACAUCCACAUUCGCAUGCUCGCGGGCGCGGUCAAAGACUGGCAGGGGCUUUUGCAAAAAGCCUAUAACCACUUGAACCCCGGCGGCUGGUUGGAGUGCACAGAGUUCGAAGUCUGGAUAAAGAGUUACAACGAUACACUGCAUAAUGCUCCUGACAUCAAGAAGUGGCAGGAAGGGUUGCAGGAGGCUGCGAAUAAGUUUGGGAGGACGAUGGAGGUCGCGGUGAAUUUAGAGGGGUGGUUAAAGGAGGCGGGGUUCGAGGAUGUGGUAGAGGAGAAGACGGUGGUGCCGAGUAGUCCGUGGGCGAAGGAUAAGGAGAUGAAGACAAUUGGGGCGUAUCAGUUAAUGAAUAUGCUGGAUGCGGCGAGUAGUUAUGGACAGGCACAUUUUACGCGGGUGUUGGGGUGGAGUAGAGAAGAGUAUGCGGUGUUGAAUGCGAAGGUUAGGACGCAGUUGAAGGAUCGAAGUUUGCAGCUUUAUUCAAAUUUGUACACUGUUUAUGGUCGCAAACCGAAGCCUCCGAAGACAACACCAGAUGCAGAAGCAGCAGAGUGA